AUGUCUUCCUCCAUCAAAAUCGAGUCUGUUGUGAAGGAGAAGAACCGGAUGGGAGAGUGCCCAGUCUGGGAAGAAAGGGAGAAUGCACUUGUCUACGUAGACAUCAACUCACAGAAAGUUUGCCGCUGGAGCCCUGUCACCAAUGAGGUGCAGAGCGUGUCUGUGGAUGCCCGUGUCGGCUCAGUGGCUCUGCGGCAGUGUGGGGGCUAUGUCAUCGCCCUGGGGACCAGGUUUGCCUUCCUGGACUGGGACACCCAGGCAAUCACCAACAUCCUUGAGCUCGAGCAGGAUAAGCCCAACAACAGGUUCAAUGAUGGGAAAGUGGAUCCAAAGGGGAGGUUUUUUGCUGGUACGAUGGCUGAAGAGACAGCACCAGGGGUCCGAGCGAGGCGGCAAGGAGCUCUCUACACCCUCUUCCCUGACCAUUCAGUAAUAAAACAGUUAGACCAGCUGGACAUCUCCAAUGGUCUGGAUUGGUCCCUGGACCACAGGACCUUCUUUCACAUUGACAGCCUGUCAUACGCUGUCCAUGCCUUCAGCUACGAUGUGCACACUGGAAAGAUUGCCUGCCCCAAGCUUUUGUACCAUCUGGAAAAGGAGGAGCAAAUGCCUGACGGGAUGUGCAUAGAUGCAGAAGGGAAGCUCUGGGUGGCCUGUAUUGACGGCGGCAGAGUCAUUCGCAUAGACCCAGAGACAGGAAAAAGAAUCCAAACUGUGAGGCUGCCUACUCCAAGGAUCACCUCUUGCUGCUUUGGGGGAAAAGACUACUCAGAAAUGUAUGUGACUUCUGCAUACGAUGGACUGGAUGAGGCCACCUUAGCCAAGGAACCUCAUGCGGGAGAGAUUUUCAAGAUAACAGGCCUAGGUGUGAAAGGGAUCCCACAGAAUUUCUAUGCUGCUUGAACCUUGACACCAAACAGCAAAGAAGAAAUGCUUCCAUAUUGUAGCAACUCUGACCGGAAGAAGUCAAAUGAACGACACAAUUUAUUUGUGUGAAGAUUUCUAAGCCCAC